CCGCAUCACCCCGCAGGCCGCCCAGCAGAGGGGCAACUCAACAAAUCCCUUCCCCAACGCCUGGUUAUCUGCCCGUCCACCCAGGCCAGCCAUGGCACACAUGCUCGCCGUCCCCUUCUCUCCGGCACGGCUUACCCACGAGCCUCGGUCAUUCGACUGUCAUCCCCGUCCGCCCAUUUGACCACGCACCCCUACUCGUGCCAUUGAGUUUUGCACGAGACAUUGCGACUUUCGACUCUCCCAUUGAAUACUUCAUACUCCAUCGCAGCACUCGAGUCUCCCGCCCAGCAUGGUUUCACUCGUCGAGACCGUCACGUCGACAACCACCGACCUGCGAGCCAACUCCUCCGUCCACCGCAGGCCGACUGCCGACCAGAAAGGCAAGAACGUCAAGAGCACCGCUCAGCGCUCCCGCGACACAAAGUACCGCCAUGUCUUUGCCACGCACUCGCAGAAGCGCCCGUCCACUCUCAGUCAGGACGCGGAGACCACGCCCAGCUUUAUAGGAUUCCGAAAUCUCAUGAUUCUGGUCCUCAUCUUCUCCAACCUGCGAUUGAUGAUUGUGAACUACAAAAAGUACGGCGUCCUGAUCUGCAUCAGCUGCCACGAUUACAGCCGCUCCGACGUCGUCACCGGCCUGCUGCUCUACCUCCUCGUCCCCGCCCACCUGUUCGUCACGUACCUGAUAGAACUCGCAGCAGCCUGGCAAGCAGACAAAGCCUACAAGCGGAUAACAGCAGAAAAGGGCGAGGACACGCAGGCCAAGUACGCGGCGGCACUGCGAAGCUUCAACUCGACCUGGUACAUUGUCGCCUUCUUCCACAGCGUCAAUGCCAUCUGCAACCUCUCUAUUGCGACGUACUUUGUCUACUACAACAUCUACCACCCAGGCAUUGGCACGUUGUGCGAGUUCCACGCCGUCAUCGUCUUCCUCAAGUGUGCUUCGUAUGCGCUUACCAACCGCGACUUGCGCCAUGCCUAUCUGCACCCCAAGCAAGCCGACCCGCUGCCUGAGCUGUACAAGACUUGUCCAUACCCGCUGAACAUCAACAUGGAAAACCUCUGCUACUUCUGGUGGGCGCCGACACUCGUCUACCAGCCCGUCUAUCCCCGCACCGACAAGAUCCGCUGGGUCUUCGUCUUCAAGCGCCUAGCCGAAGUCGCCGGUCUCAGCAUCGUCAUCUGGAUCGCGUCCGCCCAGUACGCCGCACCACUACUCCGGAACUCACUAGACAAGAUCCUAACACUCAACCUCACCUCCAUCGUCGAGCGCGUCAUGAAGCUCUCCACCAUCUCCGUCUUCUGCUGGCUCUGCGGCUUCUUCGCCCUCUUCCAAUCCUCGCUCAACGCGCUCGCUGAGAUUAUGAAAUUCGGCGACCGCGAAUUCUACGGCGACUGGUGGAACGUAAGCAGCAUCCGCUCCUACUGGACAACCUGGAACAAGCCAGUCACAAACUUCAUGCGCCGCCACAUCUACUCCCCGCUCGUCGGCCGCGGGUGUCCCCCCGCACUCGCACAGUUCAUCGUCUUCUUCUUCUCCGGCGUCCUGCAUGAGCUGCUCGUUGGCGUCCCCACGCAUAAUAUCAUCGGCGUGGCGUUUGCGGGUAUGAUGCUCCAGAUUCCUAUGAUUGUGCUCACGGAUGCCAUGCAGAAGGUUAGCUGGGCGAGGGGGAAGGUCGCGGGUAAUAUGAUCUUUUGGGUUAGCUUUUGUUUGGUGGGCCAGCCGCUUGCGGCGCUGCUGUAUUUUUUUGCGUGGCAGGCUAAGUAUGGGAGUGUGAGUAGGCAGUUUCGGGAUGCUGCGCUGUUGGGGUUUUUGAAGCGGUAG